UCCCUCCGCCGCUUCCUGCCACCUCGGUCUGAGAGAAAGCUGCAACCAGCAGGCUCCGUCCUUCGCUCCCACGCCCGCUCACCCCGCCCCUCCGCGGGAAACGGCAACCGCGGCGGGAAGCGAACGAUCGCCGCGCGCGCACACGGAGAGAAACGAACGAUCGCCGCGCGUACGCGCACGCACGGAGAGAAACGAACGAUCGCCGCGCGUGCGUGCGCACGCACGCCGCACCGCGCGAGGCCACGUCAGCAGCGAGCGCUUACGGCGGCGUGCAGCCGAGCCUCUCUGGCGAUUUCAACAGAAGCGAGCGUUAUUUUAUUACAUAAAAAAACAAAAGUAGUGUUUCUGGUUGAUUGGAGCGCUGUGCGGAGGAUGUCCGCGGCACACUCAUGUUAAAAGGUGUACUUGUAUGUAAUUGACGUUAUCCGACGAGUAUCUUCUUGAAAAAAAUAUUGGCAGCCCAGCCUUACGAGCAGUUCACUGUUGAAGUAGAGCCAGUUUCGACGUGUUGGAUGAAGGGAGAGAAGGGCAACAUGAAAACCCUCGUUCCGAAUGGCGGAAGCUACUGUGCCUGACGUCUCUGUGCAGCAGAAUCGGCCGAAGGCGUGGAUACGCUCACCAGCAAGGGAACUCACAUUGAAUAAAUAAAGCUAUACAUACACAGCUAUGCACCCAGUGUGUAUUGAUUUUUGUAAAAUUGUGAAUGCUUAAUGCGUCAGGAAAUCGGAUGUGUGUCUGCAUGUGACCCUCCAUUGAUAAAGGAAGAAGAUUUCUAGGGUAAAGGAUCAUUCUCCUAUGCUGAAUUUAUUUAGGGGACGGAAAAAGGGUCGCCCGAUCAAACAGUCCUAUACAUUAUUGUUAAUUUUUCUACAGCAAACAGUAGAUGCAGUUUAACCGAUAACUCUCGAGAGUUUAGGUAAAAGGACCUAUAACAAAAAAUACUUGUGGAGCAUAGUUCGGCGAGAUUUCACACAGCCGAUUUAUGGUUUGGCAGUUUUGAAUGGUAACUACUGUAGAGGAGAGCUGCACAAAGCCAAAUAAACAAACAAACAAUAACAACUUGUGAUCGUGUUUAUACCGCCUACUUCGACUGCGCUGAGUUGGGAAAUACGGGUUGUUCCUCGCCUGGUUUCUAUCGACAAUACAACUUGUUUAGCUCCUGGACACCUUUUCCCUGUCGAAGAAAUUUUAUUUUACCGGGAUAUGUAUAAAGACUGAUACCACUGACCUUACGACUAGUUGAGGAAGAUUUUGGCAAUAGUUUUAUCUCGUGACUUUUCAUUUAAAUAAGGGGACGUGUUUGAAAAACAAUUUGGGAUUUCCGCUCUGUUCUGCCACUCGAUGCAUGCGAGAGGAAAACGUUUAAUUCUGUUUUGUCUAAUGGUACAACUCUUUACGUUUUCAGAACGAACUUUUAACGGUUUUUUUUGGAAACCUUUAAAAUAUUGAGCAGAUUCCAAGCGCAAUUUUGCUUUUAAAUCUGAAAAAAAAUUUGGUAGAAAUGAAACUCAGUAGGCAAUUCACUAUAUUUGGAAGUGCCAUCUUCUGCGUGGUGAUCUUUUCCUUGUACUUAAUGCUCGACCAUGUUCAGUUCGAUCACCCCAGGAACCCAAAGAAAGGAAUGACAUUCCCCAAGGGACAGCUUUCAAUUUUACAUGAAAAAAUUGACCACCUAGAACAGCUGUUAGCUGAAAACAAUGAAAUAAUUUCAAAUAUCAGAGAUUCGGUAAUUAACUUGAGUAAAUCUGUGAAAGAUGGUCCAGUGGGCAUUGAAGCCUCAAAUUCAAGUCAAAGAUUAGCCUCUGAAUUCCUUGGAGUAUCCGUUGUUAUUCCCAUUGAACCAGAAGAUUGCCAGUUCGCCUCAAAGGUUUACACAGAAGCAUCAAACAUACAAAUGCUGGAUAUCUAUAAAAUUCUACCUUUUGACAACCCAGAUGGUGGAGUUUGGAAACAGGGCUUUGACAUUACAUACAAUGAGCAUGAGUGGGAUGAUGAGCCAUUACAGAUCUUUGUUGUGCCCCAUUCGCACAAUGAUCCUGGUUGGCUGAAGACAUUUGAUGACUACUACAGAGAUCAGACUCAGCAUAUCCUGAACAACAUGGUGAUUAAACUACAAGAAGAUGCUCGUAGGAAAUUUAUUUGGUCUGAGAUUUCAUACUUCUCAAAAUGGUGGAACAAUAUUGAUGGGCAGAAGAAAGAUGCUGUUAAAAGGCUUUGUGAACAGGGUCAGUUGGAAAUAACAACAGGAGGUUGGGUCAUGACUGAUGAGGCUAGUACACAUUAUUUUGCAAUGAUUGACCAGCUGAUUGAAGGACAUCAGUGGCUUGAGAAGAACUUGGGAGUAAAACCGAGGACAGGAUGGGCGAUUGAUCCAUUUGGUCACACAUCUACAAUGGCAUAUCUUUUAAAACAGACUGGUAUGUCAAAUAUGCUAAUUCAGAGAGUUCACUAUUCUGUCAAGAAACAUUUUGCAACUCAAAAGAGCCUGGAAUUCUACUGGCGUCAGAACUGGGAUCGAAGUGGCAACACUGACAUCCUUUGUCAUAUGAUGCCAUUUUAUAGUUAUGAUGUUCCUCAUACUUGUGGCCCUGAUCCUAAAAUCUGCUGUCAAUUUGAUUUCAAACGUCUUCCUGGAGGCAGAAUUAGCUGUCCUUGGAGGAUACCUCCAGUUGAAAUACAUGAAGGCAAUGUUCAAGAAAGAGCCAACCUCCUCUUAGAUCAAUAUAGAAAAAAGUCCAAACUUUUCCGCACCAAAGUGCUCUUGGCUCCUCUGGGGGAUGAUUUUCGCUAUGAUCAAUUGUCAGAAUGGGACCAACAGUUUCAAAAUUAUCAGAAGCUGUUUGAUUAUAUGAAUUCUCAUCCAGAGCUCCAUGUUAAGGCUCAAUUUGGAACAUUGUCAGACUAUUUUGAUGCUCUCAGUAAAACUGCUGGUUCAGGAAAUUCACCAUCACCAUUUCCUGUAUUGAGUGGAGACUUUUUUACCUAUGCUGACCGAGAUGAUCAUUAUUGGAGUGGAUGUUUUACCUCCCGACCUUUCUAUAAGCGACUGGACAGAGUUUUAGAAUCGCAUUUGAGGGCUGCAGAAAUCCUUUAUUCUUUAGCGCUGACAAGUGCUAAGAAAUCUAAUAAAAUGACAGUGUUCCCUUCAGCUGAAGAUUAUAAGUUGCUGGUAGAAGCACGGCGCAAUCUUGGUCUGUUCCAACAUCAUGAUGCAAUCACUGGAACAGCUAAAGAGUGGGUUGUUGUGGAUUAUGGUACCAGACUAUUUCACUCAAUAAUAAACUUGAAAAGAGUGAUUGGUGACUCAGCACACUUUUUAAUAUUAAAAGACAAGGAAAAUUACAAAUACAACCCUUCAAAACCCUUUCUUCAAAUGGAUGAUAUCCAAGCUGCACAAGACUAUUUACCUGAAAGAACAACUAUUGAAUUGAGCUUAAUACCCAGAUAUCUUGUGGUAUAUAAUCCAGCAGAUCAAGAUCGUGUAUCCAUUGUAACAGUGCAAGUAAAUUCAUAUAAAGUAAAUGUGUUAACUGCUUCAGGGCAACAAGUGGAGGCUCAGAUUACUGCAGUUUGGGACAAAUCCAACAGAAUUUCCAAAGACGUAUUUCAGGUUUCCUUUUUGGCAAAGAUAUCAGCUCUAGGAUUGGGAAUCUACCAGUUAGUGAAAACUGAAGAUAUCAAAACCAAACUAGCAGAUUAUACCAUAUACACAAAUAGGAGAGAUAUAAUAACCUUUGAUCCCUUCAAGAUCAGUGUGUUGGAAAGCUCUGCUGGUGAUAUCACUAUUGAAAAUGCAAACUUGAAAGCUUGGUUUUCAGGGACGAAAGGAUUCUUGGAGAAAGUAAUCACCAAGGAAGAAAAGAGAGAGCAUCAUAUAAGUAUCCAGUUCGGGUGGUAUGGCACCACAAAUAAUCGAGAUAAAAGUGGAGCCUAUCUCUUCUUGCCGAAUGGAGAAGCUCAGCCGUAUACUUCUUCAGGGCCUCCUAUUUUGAGGAUAAUACGUGGUCCACUUUUCUCAGAGGUUGUGUGCAUCUACCAGCACUUCACACAUUCUGUGCGGCUUAGCAAUGUGUAUGGGGUUGAAGGGCUGUCACUGGAAAUCUCUAAUAUUGUUGAUAUCAGGCAUGAAAUGAAUCAAGAAAUUGCUAUGAGGCUGACUACAGAUGUCAAAAGCAACAAUCAGUUCUACACUGACCUGAAUGAUUUCCAGAUGCAGGCUAGGCAGACUUUGAGCAAGCUGCCUCUUCAAGCAAAUUUUUACCCUCUUACAACAACUGCAUACAUACAGGACAGUGAUGUUCGUUUGACCCUGCAUUCUGCUCAGUCCUUGGGAGUCGCUAGUCUGAAGAAUGGUCAGCUGGAAGUCAUAAUGGAUCGCAGACUGAUGCAAGAUGACAAUCGAGGCCUAGGACAAGGUGUUAAGGAUAAUAAAGUCACAGCCAGUCUAUUCAGACUUUUAUUGGAAAAAAGAAUCGAAACAAAUUUGGAUGAAGCUAAUAAGGCAAUGAGUUAUCCCUCUUUGUUGAGCCACAAGACAUCAUCUUACCUGAAUCAACCAGUCAUUCCAAUGGCUGUGAACCUAAAUGUUGAUGGAAUCCCUCCACUCUUGAACUUAUUUAGUCCUCUUUCUUCAUCCAUGCCAUGUGAUAUGCAAAUAGUUAACCUUAGAACAAUACAGGGAAAGGAUGAGUGGAGCCCAUCAGAUGAAGUAGCCCUGAUUAUCCACAGAAAGGGUUUUGAUUGUAGAUUUUUAAACAAAAACACUGGACUGUUUUGUUCUACUUCAAAAGGCAAGAUUCUCUUGCACAAUCUCUUUAGAGAAGUUAACAUUCAACGCCUAACUCCAUCGACCUUGUCUUUGAUGCAUACGCCACAAGAUCCAUAUAAUACUAGCAAAAUAGAACUGAACCCAAUGGAGAUAAGAACAAUCAGAAUUCAAUUAAGAUGAUUAUGUAACUGCUCCGAUUGCUGAAUGAUCUAUGUUGAAGAAUAUACUGUGCACAUUAUUGAGUUGCAAUAUCUACAAGCACAUUAAAAGUUAGGUGAAUAUGUCAAACCUACUGAUUCAACAAAGACCAAUGGUAAAAAUAUAUUUUAAUUUAAUUUUGUGGAAAAAAUUAUGAAAUUAUUAAAGUUUAGAAGUCCUUAUCAUACAACAAAAAA